CCACUCGGCGGCCUGACAAAAGGUGUGACAAGAGUCACUCCUAGGCCCGGCUCAACACACAGGGCAGCCACGGCUGCUACCCAGACUCGGAGCAAGGCGGCGUCCUGGUCACGUGGUUCGAGGACGCCCCGCCCCUGCCUGCCUGCCUGUCUGCGCCUGCGCGGGCGCGGGCUCGCUCGCCAGCCGUCCUGCGGGCUGCGCCCCGGGCCGUGGGCAAUGCAGUUAUCAAAAUUGACUUCAGAAGAGAGAAGGCUAACAAUGGAAAACACUGGGAAAGUUACCAGAAAGCUGUCAUCCUCAGUGCCGGGCUCAAGUGUCACAGGUUAAAAAAGCUCUUCCCCAGAGAGGAAAGGUCGGAAGCACCAUGAUGGACUCAGAAGCGCAUGACAAGAGGCCCCAGAUGUUGACCUCUUCAAACCAGGAUUUGUCAACUCACAUUGCAGAUGUGGGGGACAUAAAGCAUUACUUCUGUGGCAGCUGCGCUGCCUUCAACAACGUGGCCAUCACUUACCCUGUCCAGAAGAUCCUCUUCCGGCAGCAACUGUACGGCAUCAAAACCCGGGAUGCAAUCCUGCAGUUGAGGAAGGAUGGCUUCCGCAAUCUGUACCGAGGAAUCCUCCCCCCUCUGAUGCAGAAGACGACCACGCUGGCACUUAUGUUUGGUCUGUAUGAGGACCUGUCACGCCUGCUCCGCAAGCACGUGAGCAGCGCUCCCGAGUUUGCCACCCGAAGCGUGGCCGCGCUGCUCGCUGGGACAACAGAAGCCAUUCUCACUCCAUUCGAAAGGGUUCAGACUUUGCUUCAGGACCACAAGCAUCACGAUAAGUUCACAAACACUUACCAGGCCUUCCGGGCACUCCGAAGCCAUGGGAUUGCAGAGUAUUACCGAGGCUUGGUGCCCAUCCUUUUCCGAAAUGGGUUCAGCAAUGUCCUUUUUUUUGGCCUUCGAGGGCCCAUUAAGGAGCACCUGCCUACUGCCACCACACACAGCGCACACCUGGUCAACGACUUCAUCUGUGGAGGUGUGCUCGGAGCCAUGCUGGGCUUCUUAAGCUUCCCAGUGAAUGUCGUAAAAGCUCGGAUACAGUCCCAGAUUGGUGGGCCAUUCCAGUCUUUCCCCAUGGUUUUCAAGACAAUCUGGAUAGAGCGGGACAGGAAACUGAUCAAUCUUUUCAGAGGUGCACAUCUGAAUUACCACCGCUCUCUCAUCUCCUGGGGAAUAAUCAAUGCAACUUACGAGUUUUUGUUAAAGAUUGUAUGAUAAGGCCACUAUAUGAGAUGUUAUUCUCAUCUAACUAGACCCAGGGAAGAUGCAAUUUGGCUUUGUUCCUAUUGGCUUAAAUACAGGUUGGUGUCAUUAAGACAGAGCCAUAAUUUAUGGACAAAGCAUGGACAAGAAAAGAGUCCAGGCUUCAGUGGUCAGGGUUAGGGUUUGGUCAUUACUCCAGAGCUUUAGGCUGUUGCCCGGGAACCAGCCUGUACCUGGUGACCUUUCAGGACAGCUGACAGCUGAGAGAUGUCUUUUCCUCCCGGAAGGGUUGCUAGGCCUUCUGGGUAGAAACUGUGGUGUCAGCAGCCAGAGCAUGUGCUCCUUGCCCAGGGCUUCUCAGGCUCACUCUCACCUCAUUUAUUUCGUCUCUGCUCUUAAGAGGGUCAUCGUCAUUAGAGCCCCAACUCUGCAUGGAGGACUGGAGCAGAGAGGGCGCUCAGGGCCAUGGCUGUAGCUCCAUGAUGAAUUGUUGGGGUUAGCUUUGAAACUAAGUGCUGCUGAGAUAGCCAGUAUCCAGACUUUCUGUUCAGAUUUGGUAGAAUUAAGCAGCUAAUGAAGGCUUCCAUUCUGUUUAGCUUAGCUUUGAACAUUUUCUGUUUCAUUCUGAAUAUGACUUUAAGCCCUUCCAGAAUGUCCUUGUGCUGUCUUUACUGAACUCAUUGCCAAAAGAUAGAGUGCCCUCGUUAACUUCUGUUGUGUGCUUCACUGUGUUCACCGCAAGCUCUGCUCUGCUGCUUCACUUCUCUGUUCUACUGGUGUCGGCAUAGCCGACUAGUAAGGACGUCAUCCCUUGUGAGUAUAGUAACUGUCAUGUCUGUCCUGUUCUCUGGUACUAGACUUUAAACAAAUAAACACUUCCAUCAAGGUUUAUCUUGGGAGUCUUAAUACAA